AAACCAAAUCUUGUAUCUACAAAAAGAAAUGGCUGUCUUUCCUAUCAUCAACUUGGAAAACAUCAAUGAUGAUGGUAGAGCUAAGAUAUUGGAGCAAAUUGAAGAUGCCUGCCAAAAUUGGGGUUUCUUUGAGUUGGUGAACCAUGGGAUCCCACAUGAGUUUUUAGACAUGGUGGAGAAGAUGACAAGAGAUCAUUACAAGAAAUGUAUGGAAGAGAGGUUUAAGGAGACUGUGCUUAGCAAAGGCUUAGAGGCUGCACAAGCUGAAGUUAAUGAUAUGGAUUGGGAAAGCACCUUUUUCUUACGCCAUCUUCCUGAAUCAAACAUCUCCCAGAUGUCUGAUCUCGACGAGGAGUAUAAGAAAAUUAUGAAGGAAUUUGCGAAGAAAUUGGAGAAUCUUGCUGAGGAGUUGUUGGACCUGCUAUGUGAGAAUCUUGGGUUGGAGAAGGGUUAUCUCAAAAAGGCUUUCUAUGGUUCAAAAGGUCCUACAUUUGGAACAAAGGUGAGCAAUUAUCCGCCGUGUCCCAAGCCGGACCUCAUCAAGGGUCUUCGAGCCCACACCGACGCCGGUGGCAUCAUCCUCCUCUUCCAAGAUGACAAGGUAAGUGGCCUGCAACUCCUGAAAGAUGGCAACUGGAUCGACGUGCCCCCAAUGCGCCACGCCAUUGUCGUCAACCUCGGGGACCAACUUGAGGUGAUCACAAAUGGAAGAUACAAAAGUGUGAUGCAUAGAGUGUUAACUCAAACGAGUGGAACUGGGCGAAUGUCGAUAGCUUCAUUCUACAAUCCGGGGAGCGACGCGGUGAUCUACCCGGCGCCGGCGCUAGUGGAGAAAGAUCAGGAUGAGGAGAAGAAGGAAGUGUACCCCAAGUUUGUGUUUGAAGAUUACAUGAAGCUGUAUCUAGGAGUGAAGUUUCAGGCGAAGGAGCCAAGAUUUGAAGCCAUGAAAGCCAAUGCUAAUUUGGGUCCAAUGGCAACAGCAUAAUUAAAACACCCACUUUUUCAUUAAUAGUAAUAAGGAAUAUUAGAGGGCUU